CUCUGUCGUCAGUUUAGUCAAGUUUCUGAGUUGGUAAAGGACUGUCGCUUGACGCGACCGCGGUAAAGUUUGUUUACUUCUGAUAAAGUAGUGUAAAACUAUGGAACUGACAUGAAAGGAUUGUUUUAAAGUGAUGUGAUAGUAUUAGUGACAUUAUUGGCUAUUAUUAAAAUACAUUAUUCGUAAAUAUGGAGCCGUGGCGAUUAUUUUGGACAAUAUUUUUGGGUGUUUUAUGCAGAGCGGAGGCGGGGUUGAUGGGCGAUCAGUGCGACUGGACUGGCAGUGGUCUGACCUCAACGACUGAACGCGCAGUAACUCCGGUGUACCUGCGCUGCCGCGAGGGGAGCAUCUCUUGGGUGUAUCCCCGCGGAGCCCUGCGCCUGCUGUUCAGGCCGCCGCUGCCGGCAGACGAGCGAGACUUCAGGGUCUGUGUCAGGGUGAUACGCCGGCCCGACCCGCCCGACCUGUUCCAUACGCUGCUGCUUAAUGAUACAGAAGUCCCGGAGCGGUUUCCUGCGAGACUGUUCGUGGAAGGCGCUCGCCGACUAGUUCCUCUGUAUGCGCCUAACGACAAUGACCCGAGGGAACUACGCUGCUUCCGAAGUCGACACGGUCGGGCCGCUCUCUACGUGGAGGCGGAACCUGAAGACGGUCCUCAAAGGAGAGAAGCCACCUUCAAGUACGAAGCGAGGCCGCUUGUGAGGAGACACGACCCUUCCACUGCGGACUGCAGGCCGUGCUCCGAGUCGGAGCUAGAGCUCGCCUUCUGCACCAGCGACCUCGUGUCUCGAGGUGUGAUAAUUUCGAGCGAGUCUCGUGAGGAUUUGGACACGACACAGUUGACUGUGCGACUGACCAAGCUCAUCCGGGCGACCUCUGGUGGCGAAGCGAAAGACAAGCAUGAUUUAGAACAAGAGGAUGAUUACUAUAGGUACGACGUCGACAACAGCUUAGAGGCCAGUUCCCACCGCAGCCACAAGCGGCGGAGAUCAGCCCAGCCCCUACACGCGCACGUGCACGUCCCGGCGGCGUGCGGCGCGGCGGCGGGCGCGGGGGAGUUCCUCGUCAUGGCGCGCCGCCGCCUCGGCAGGUACGCGCUCGUGUGCGCGCCCCGCCUGCCCGACUGGCAGAGGGUCGUGGCCGCCAGGGACGCUGACGGGGCCGCGCAUUGUACUCUGCAGCAUUAGUGCGAAGCCAGUUCGAUAUCAAGAGAAAAUCGAUACCUGAUACGACAGUGGUAGGAUGCCGAAAAAAGUUUAAUAAAGUUGAUGGAUGUGGAGUCAACCCUGUCCAGGGUGUUUGGAGUCUUUGACUUUGGUGUUUGCAAAAGGAACAGUCUGUCGUCAAGAAAUACACUAAUUGUUGCUCCUAACAGCGUUAACAAUGAAGAUUGCUACGCAUUUAAGUCAGAACUCCAUAUCGUUUGAGCGCCAACUGAAGAACAUCAAAAUCAGUGAGAGGAAAUCGUUUCCGAAGUAACACCUUUAACUGGCUUUCCCAUGAAAAAUCCGUCGUUCUACCAACUGUGUCGUGAUCAGUGAAAAACGCUCAAGUGUAUGUUGUCUCUGUGGACACUCAGUGUAGAGACAACAGCUGACAUUUUGUUAAGUCGUACUCAACAGUGAUACAUUGUUGCUAGCUCCUAUAUUCGAAGAAUUACCUUAAGAUAUAUUAUGUUACUGCUUGCCAUAAAAUAAGCUUGCGUAUAAAUGCAAUAUUGUACAAAAGUUCUAUUCUUUAUUUAUGUAUCAAAUGUUUAUAUUUACAUAAUGUAAAAUGUUUGUAGAUUUUAAUGAAAUGUGGUCCAGAGUGCCAAAAUAUAUAAGAUCUUCAGUUAGACGUAAGGUUGAUCUCAACUCUGUACAUAUUAUUGUUAAGUGGGAUGUGUUGAAAGCCAUAUUAAUUAAGCACCAUAAUUAUAGAUAGUAAUAUAUUGCAGAUAUUGUGUGAUUUUGUUAUAUGCCUUGUUAGUGCCACUAUUGUAAGUUUUGGUGUUCGUGAAGACACUAACAUAUUAAGUGAAAGUUUUUUGGAGAUAUUUGUAAUUGAUAUUUUUCAUAUUUAACUAGCUGGCUGGAAUUGUGAAUUAAGGCCUCUAUCAAUUUUAUAGCAACGUUUUGAAGUCUUUUUUUGACCAAGAUUAUAAAAUAUAAUUCAGCGUCAAGAUACUGUUGCAGAACUAUUAAUAGCAGAGCCAAAACUAAGCAGUGUUUAUAUUUUUCGGCUUUACUGUUACUAUAGUAAAGUAACAAUCAUCAAAGUAUAUUUCAGAUAUUCCCACCCCUGGUGAUUAUUAUCCGAUUUUUUAUUUGGGUCAUUUUGGUUAUUUCUUAACAUUAUUUUAUCUUCCAUGUCAUCCACUAUCAUAGUCCAAUAGGACCACAAUCCAUAACUUUACUUAUAACUCGGUGCUUUUAAUAUAUCAAUGUCUUUAGAGCUUCCAUACAGAUUUAUAUUUAAUAUUCUUAUAUCUUAACAGAUACCAUACAGCCUAUAUUGUGAAUAAGUAGUAAUAUAUUUUGUACAAACAUUACGAUAGCUGUCAAUUUGUGAUAUAGUUUACAACGAGUAUGUUUAAAUGUGCCUAUUGUAUAUACGAGUAUAUAUAGAUAUUGACAAUACAGUGUUUAUAAAUAUACACAUAUUAUGUAAAAAGAAAACUGUUAAAUAAAAUAGUUACAAAACUUAU